GUCAACAUCGAUCAGAUUUGUGUGAGAAAGUGAGGAAAACAUAUGGAGUGUUCCACAAAUCUUCCACAAGCGGCCUUUUUUUCCGCUGAGGAGAAAGUGCAGUUGAUAAGUGGUAAUUGCCCACGGCAUAUUACUAAAGAAAGACUCAAAGAAUGGUUGUCAUUCCGCAAAGGGACGGCUAAAGAUGGUCACGGUAAUACGAUGGUCACGGUCACGGCACGGUCUGAAGCAACGAAGGCUGAGUUAUCUCAAAGGGUCAUCAGUUACAUAAAAAAUGGUUGGGAGAAUAAUUUUACGGAGAAGUGGCAAAACUUGGCGGCAAGUAAACCACUGGAGCAAACGGCGACCGUCAAUUGUGAUUUCCCUGGAUCUGCACAAUGGGUUUCGCUGGUUGACGCGAAGGACGAUGUCCCUUCAUUUAAUAUUCAGAAUAUCGUGUCUUACUAUAUUGAAAGAAAAGCUAAAGACAAUGAAUCCAACAAAGAUUUCAAGAAUGUCAGCAGCAAAGCUUUCGGUUUGUUUCGACAUGGUCAUAUCCAAAAACUGGAAAUCGCACGGGACGACGACGACGACGACAAGGUACACUUCCGAUGUGAUUGCUUACCUGAAAUGAAGAAAAACUUGAAGUAUAACAUAAAACUGUCACUGUGUAAUAACGGUGAACAGGAAGGUAAAAUCACGUUUGCUAGCUGUGCUUGCCCAGCUGGUAAAGGUCCAUGUGGCUCUUGUAAACACAUAGCCGCUCUUUGUUGUGCUCUUGAAGAAUUUGUGAGACUUAAGUGCACACGGGAAUUUGAAACAUGUACCUCAAGACUGCAAACUUGGAACCAGCCGAGAAAGAGGAAGCUUGACUCUCAGUCCGUUUAUGAAAUUGAUUUCUCAAAAAAAAUUUAUAGAAGAGAAGAAAGGAACAAUGCUAAGCCUUUGAAUGAUCCAAGACGUCCAUCUGAAAGGAACUAUGAUCCGAAAAAUGUCAACAGAGAACUGCUUGAUAAAAUAAAAAGAGUGAAACCAAAUUGUGGUUUCUUUUGUCUACUGUCAGAUGAGAAACUUGACCAAAAUAAACAGACAUAA